AUGUUACCACCUCCGUCCCAUUGUUUGCAUUUUAGCUCGUGUUGAGGACGGCGGAGUAAAAGGCGCCAGUGUUUGGUGUCCUUCCAGAGAGAAACAUCCCAAACUGCUGCAUGAGGUUUUAAAACAUGAAACGGAGCUACAAAGAGCAGGUCUGUUUUCUUUCUCCGACCGGAAACGCGUUUACUGCUGUUGUUGGAGGGAGUCCGCGCGCUAAGCUAACGUUAGCCACAGCUAGCUCCUGCUAACGUGUAUUAUCGGAUAUGUUGUGAGCUCCGUGUUUUUCCUCAAAUGCAGCUCGGGGAGAAGUUGAGGAGAGACACUUCAACAUGGACUCUGAGAGGAAACUGUCAGCUGGCCAACGGAGAGCUUUACCUUCAGAUGUCCAGAAAGUGAUUGUUGGUGAAGAACAUCAGCAGGAGUGGAGCUCCAGUCUGGACCAGGAGGACACAAAGCCCCCCCACAUUAAAGAGGAACAGGAGGAACUCCGGAUCAGUCAGGAUGAAGAGCAGCUUCAAGGGCCCGAGGAGGCUGAUGUCACCAAGUUCACAUUCACUCCGGACCCUGUGAAGAGUGAAGAUGAUGAAGAGAAACCUCAGUUGUCACAGCUUCAUCAAAGACAAACUGAACAGAUGAAAACAGAAGUUGAUGGAGAGGACUGUGGAGGACCAGAACCGGUCAUGAAAUCAGAUCCAGAUACACAUUUACAACCAGAUACUGAUGACGAGACUGGAGACUCUUCUGAACCUGAGACUGAUGACAGUGCUGAUUGGAAGGAGACCAGAGAACCUCAGUCAGGUUUAAACUCUCUGAAUAAUGAUACAUUCCCUGUUAGUGAUUCAGGAUGUACUACUGGUGAGUGUGGGAAAAGAUUUGUCACCAGUAUAAAUCUAGGUACAGGAGAGAAACCAUUUAGCUGCUCAGUCUGUAAGAAAGCUUUUAAAGGGAAUGGAGGUUUACAGACACACAUGAGAAUCCACACAGGAGAGAAACCAUUUAGCUGCUCAAUCUGUAAGAAAGAUUUUGGACUGAGAGGAAACUUACAGAUGCACAUGAGAAUCCACAAAGGAGAGAAACCAUUUAGCUGCCCAAUCUGUAAGAAAGAUUUUGUACAGUGUGGAAACCUACAGGCACACAUGAGGACCCACACUGGAGAGAAACCAUGUAUCUGCUCAGUCUGCAAGAAAGCUUUUAGAGCAAGUGGAAGUUUAAAGAUACACAUGAGAAGCCACACAGGAGAGAGACCAUUUAGCUGCUCAGUCUGUAAGAAUGAUUUUACAAUGAGUGGAAGUUUAAAGCGACACAUGAGAAUCCACACAGGAGAGAAACCAGUUAGCUGCUCAGUCUGUAGGUUGGCUUUUACAGAGCGUGGACAAUUACAGAACCACAUGAGAACCCAACACGUGAGUGUUACAAGCUCCCCCCUUGUUUUGCUUCUCCCUGUCUGCUCUGCUCAGGUGAUCCUGAUUUGAUCAAUAGCAGGGAUUAAAGUUCUCAGUGGCU